AAUAAUAACAAAUAAAUGUCAUUGGCCCGGUGUCGUGCGGGUUGGGUGUUCGUGUUUUUUUAUCAGUAAUUUCACGCUUAAUCUUGGGCUCGUAAAUUCUGAAAUUUCUAAGAAAAUUAGCAUCAAUUCCAAGUAGUGAUGGCUCCUGGAACAAUCUACAUUGCUGGCUACGAUGCCUUCAUGAAAUUCGUGGAAGGGAUCAAAGAUAAUGAGACGGUGAACAUGUACUUCUCGGGCUCGAAAGACGAAAGGGGUUCCAGUUGGUGUCCGGACUGUGUUCGAGCUGAACCAGUUGUCAAGGAGGCGGUGGCGAAAUAUGCGAGCGAUGACGCAAAAUUUGUGUAUAUCGAUGUCGGAGACCGAGCAACAUGGAAGGAUCCGAAGUGCCCAUUCCGUACCAACAAGAACACCUACUUGAGUGUCAUUCCCACUCUGCUCCGAUGGAAAUCCCCGCAAAAGUUGGAAGGUCCCCAAUGCGAGAAUCCGGAUCUAUUGGAAAUGUUCUUCACCGAAGACUAAACGAGUACACCAAGGAGGCGUUUAGUAUGUCCUGAAAAUCAGAUUGGUUUCAAUAUUAAAUAAAAUUUUAUACUUUGACAAGUU